ACAAAAUUGAAACGUAGGGGAUUUAGGGAUUGAGGAAUUUUGCUCUCAAAACCGUAAUGUCAAAAUAAUACCCAAAGCAUUCGUCGACGCAGCUCUGCCCGUUUGCCCUGCCGCCGCCGCCGCCUCGUUCUCGCCUCCCAACAAGGCGACAACCUACGGCGAUCUCUCUCUUCAUCAAUUGCCGGCCAAGGGAGUCUGGCUCGAGAUGGAUGCAGUCCUCGUUGGAGGAGAUCGGGAGCGAAUCGUUCGUGUUUACGCCGGAUUCGAGGAAUAUGGGAUCUGAGACCAUGAGGGCUGCAAAGGUGUACCGUGAUCUUCUCAAAGCUGUUAAGAAGAAUAUUGGUGAUUCUGGCAGCAAAAAACACUUCAGAGAUUACAUCACUGAUGAGUUUCGAAAAAACGCUUCAUUGUCUGAUCAGGCUGCUAUUGAAAGUAAAAUCAAGCUAGCUCACAACUACACAUUCCUUCUAAAUAGUGUGCAUCAUCAUAAGGAGUUACUCUUUUCAUACAACAUAGCCGUAGAUCGAACUGAUGAGAUGAAGAGGGUAUUGCGAAAAUCUGCGGCCAGUGUGGGCCUCCGGUUGCCAGAUGUUUAUCAGCCAUGACUUUUGUUUAGGUGGAUAUGGAUGCGCAGAAUAUAUUGCACUUGCACUUAGAAGUUCAGCAAAGCUUGAGAAUUUGAUGUAAUGGCCUGUGUUACACCUGCGGACAAUCGCCGACUACUAUGAUGCAAUUUUGGGUUUCAAACAAAUGCUACUAUUUGCAGAUCGUGUUUGCAGAAUUGGUUGAUUCUUUGAAUGAACUCUCGUUCCAGUUUACUGCAACAUCCUAAUUUUGUAUUUAGCUUUUGCAUUGAAAUAAUCGCUCUGAGAGAGCGAUCGUUGCAUCAUUAACAAUAGUAUGUUUGCAAAUCAUUUAUAAUGUCAAGACAUUUAUAAUUUACAACUUUUCUUA